AUGCGGUGGAAGCUGCCGACCGCGCUUCCGGCCAGUGCCGCCAUCCUCCUCCCUUCGCUCCUUCUCACGGCUCCGCAGCAGCUGUCUUACGCUCAACAACACGAUGCCGCCGUAUCGUCUUCGAUAUACGUGGCCUCGCGCCCCACGGGCCAGUCGACUAUCGACGAAAGCCCCCAUACAUAUUUUCGAGAUACCCGCACACACAUGCCGCCGGACGUGAAGAAGAUCAAUCCGGACGAUGUGAGCGCCCUAGCAACUCUGGCUCUGGCAGGCUCUAAUAGCCGUGCCGUUCGAGCCCCCCCUGCCCAGCUGAGCAGUCCAACUGCCGGCUUGGUGUCGCAGCUUCAAGCGCGGUCCCUGCAGGACUGGGAGGUUGAGGAUUUUGUUUUGUUGGCGACCGUCGAUGGUACCAUUCAUGCUCGAGAUCGCAAAACGGGUUCCCCUCGAUGGGCCCUGGAAGUUCCCAGUAGCCCCAUGGUCGAAAGCAUCUAUCAUAAUCGCUCAACAACCGGUUUCGACGCUGAUACCUCCAUCCGAGAUGACGACUUUCUCUGGAUUGUCGAACCCAGCAUGGAUGGCAGUCUCUAUAUUUUCAGUCCCGGACAACAAGGUGGUCUCCAAAAACUAGGACUUACCGUCAAGGACCUUGUCAACGAAACGCCAUAUUCCGGAACAGAUCCAGCAGUAACUUACACUGCCCGCAAAGAGACCACUCUAUAUACCGUUGACGCUCGUACCGGUAAUGUCCUCCGUGUCUUCAGCUCUCGCGGUCCUCUUUCCGCCGAUCACAAUUGCAAAACCGACCGACUCGCUACCGAUGACAAUCUCGACGAUGACAACACCAGUGAGGACGGUGGCCACUGUGGAGGGACAUCUGGGACAUUGACCAUUGGCCGUAUUGAGUAUGCCGUCGCCAUCCAAAACACGGAAMCCGGCGAGCCUAUAUGCACUUUGAAGUAUUCCGAAUGGACACCGAAUAAUCGUGAUGUUGAUCUUCAAAGCCAGUACUAUCAGACCAUGGACCAAAGUCACAUUUACAGCAUGCAUGAUGGUGUGGUCCUCGGCUUUGAUCAUUCACGCAUGGAACGCCCUCGUUACACUCAACGGUUCUCAUCUCCAGUCGUGCGAGUUUUCGAUGUAGCUCGACCGGUCAAUGUCAAGUCUCCAGAUUCCCCUCUGCCACUCGUGUUACUCUCUCAACCGCUCGAGCCACCUGACCCUGAUUAUGCCGCCUCCCCCGACACUGAAGACCGAGUUUUCAUCGAUUGUACCGAGGCUGGUGGUUGGUACGCCAUGUCGGAAACAACAUAUCCUCUUGUGACAGGCCGUGCAGGCAUGGCCCAGUGUUACGACAAGGACUUUUUCCGUGAUAGCCAUUCACUCCUCACACUCGAUCUUGAGCGGCAGCGCAAAGCUCUCGUCGGCGUACAUUCGGUCAACAUGCCGACCAGCCAUGGUGGCCGUCGCAGUCGAAUGCAUAGCAUCUCUGGCCCUUCAGCCAUUGGGGGUGGUCCGAACGGUACACCUCGGGAUAUGAUCAGCUCUCCAUCGUAUCUUGCUUCACCUCCUGCUCUCAGACAAAGUGUAAUUAUCCGUACUGGCUGGGAAAACCGCACCGAUAUAUUUGUCUUGGCCAUUCUUGCUCUAUUUGGCUACUUCCUAUGGGUCAAUUCGGCGUUGUUUCAAGAACAUUUGAAACAGAAGCUGGACCUGAAGAACAUCCUGGCUGCUUACGAUCAGCACAUUUCUGAACCGCCGACAUCUCCAACCGUGAACUCCUUCCAACGAGAUUCCAGUCCGAUUAAUAUUCGCUCCGAAUUCACAACGCCCAGGAAAGCACCGGUUCAACUAGAGGAUAUCCAGGUUGACAACGAAUCCACUCCACGAAAUGACCGGACUUCGUCCCGAUCUGGCGACCCAGAGACGACACCUCGAGUCCGUAUUCGCGAACCUUCUCGAGGACCCGAUGACGAUGGAGACGAGCUGAACCCCCAGGAACCCAAGAAGAAGAAACGUCAAAGGGGUCAAAGAGGCGGUAAAGCUCAUAAAAGAAAACCCAAGCCCGGCUCCGACGAGGAGAAAGUGCUGUCACAGGCAGUUGAACAAGUCAAAUCACUAGUUCCACCAUCAGGACUUGAACCAGACGUACAAUUGUCUCGUCAGGUUUCGAAUGAAAUUUAUGAGAUUGACGGCGCCAUUCGGAUUGGUCAGCUCAAAGUAUAUACGGAUACGGUACUCGGUCAUGGUAGCCAUGGAACUAUUGUCUACAAAGGAUCUUUUGAUGGACGAGACGUGGCUGUCAAGCGAAUGCUAGUUGAGUUCUUCGAUAUAGCGUCACAUGAGGUUGGCUUGUUACAAGAGAGCGACGACCACAGCAACGUCAUCCGAUACUAUUGUCGUGAACAGGCUGCUGGGUUUUUGUACAUCGCCUUGGAGCUUUGUCCGGCGUCCCUUCAAGAGGUAGUCGAGAAACCGCAGGACUAUCCUCAAUUGGUAAAAGGCGGCUUGGACGUUCCAGAUGUCUUACGGCAGAUCACGCUUGGUGUACGGUAUCUACAUUCACUUAAGAUUGUGCAUCGGGAUCUCAAACCACAGAACAUCCUCGUCGCUGCACCACGAGGUCGUAGUAUAAGUAGCCAGUACCCGGCGCUUCGUCUUUUGAUCUCAGACUUUGGCUUGUGUAAGAAGCUCGAAGAUAACCAAAGCUCUUUCCGAGCUACUACAGCGCACGCCGCAGGUACAUCCGGAUGGCGUGCACCAGAGUUGCUGGUGGAUGAAGACCAACAGUCGGCUAUAGCAAUAAAUGGUGGACAUUCGAACCAUACUGAGUCGUCCGAACCGGCUGUAGUUGAUCCACAGACAAACCGACGAGCGACCCGUGCCAUUGAUAUCUUCUCUCUGGGAUGUGUUUUCUACUACGUCCUUACCCGCGGAGGACAUCCCUACGACAAGGACGGCAAAUUCAUGCGAGAGGCAAAUAUCGUCAAAGGCAAUUACAAUCUUGUGGACCUCGAACGUUUAGGUGACUAUGCGUUUGAAGCGGAUGACCUCAUUCGUAAUAUGCUUUCACUGAAUCCUCGUAGUCGCCCUGAUGCAACGACAGUUCUCAUGCAUCCCUUCUUCUGGAAUGCGGCAGAUCGUCUGAAUUUCCUCUGCGAUGUGUCAGAUCACUUCGAAUUCGAACCGCGCGACCCGCCAUCUCCGGCACUUCAGUACCUUGAGUCUGUUGCCCGCAACGUCAUGGGUCCUGAUAUGGAUUUUCUCAAACUCUUACCCAAGGAGUUCAAAGACAGUUUAGGCAAACAACGCAAGUACACGGGAUCGCGCAUGCUCGAUCUGCUGCGCGCUCUUCGCAACAAACGAAAUCAUUACAAUGACAUGUCGGAGCAUCUUAAAGCGCACAUUGGUGGUCUGCCAGAGGGCUAUUUGCGGUUCUGGGCGGUGAGAUUUCCGUCUCUCUUGAUGAACUGCCAUACUGUUGUGGUGGACCUGGACUUGAGUCGAGUGGAGCGAUUUAAGCGAUACUUUACACCGCCGGAGUGA